AUGGCUCAGCCACCGCAAACAGUCAUUCCCCCGGAGAUGAUGCAACAGCAUCCUCCACCUCUCCACCCUGUUAAUUCGUACUACCCCGAGAAUGCUAACGACCUCACCGGAGGCCUGCCCAUCAACUUGGACUCGCUUCGCGACGGCCCACCCGGCAGCAAGCCGUUUUAUCCGUAUUCGACACUCAUUCGUUACGCGAUCAAAGGCGCGCCAAAUCAGAAGUUGUUGCUUGAGGAUAUUUACUACGCCAUUGAGUCAAGGUUUCCAUACUUCAGGACCGCACCACCGGGUUGGAAGAACUCUGUGAGGCACAAUUUGUCGCUCAACCCAUGUUUCGAAAAGGUGCCUCGGCCGUUGACCGAUCGUGGGAAGGGCUCCUACUGGACUGUAAACGACAACGUCGAUCCGCGCACCGGUGUCCAUCGAGUGCGAAAGAAGAAGGUGAAAGGUGGCUCCAAACAGCAGUCCUCCAUCGAAGAAGACGUGGACUAUCAUCCGUCUGACCAUCAGGACGCUCCUUACCACGACCCGAAUGCACCAUUCGUCCCGCCUCCUAUGGGUCCCGAGGACGCUGGUCCUAGCAGACCUCCGUAUCCGCCGCCAUAUCCCCCUUUUGAUCCCGCAUUCCAACUGAUGCCUCCCGGGAUGCGGUACCCACCACCCCUCUUCCCGCCUGAUGAACAGUUCGAGUUGGACGAGCACGGCAACGUUAAUUGGCAUGCAGCUUGGUUGAAAGAGUUAUCCCAGCUACAGCAAUUGACAGAGGAGCAGGAAAAAGCAGGCGCAGAUCAAGAGUGGUUCAGGAUGAUGCUGUUCCGGGUGCGCAGUGCCAUGCUCGCACCACCAUUGAAUCCAGGAGAGCCAGCCGUACACGUCCCAGCUGUACCGCCGCACGGUAUGCCACCGCCGCCUCCGAAUCCUGGAGAGAUUCCCCAAGAGCAGUGA